UUCCGCCGCCGCGACCGCGAUGGCGUACCGCCGGAAGCCACAGCCGCAGCCGCCCUCCGAGCACCAGCACCCGCAGCCCGUGAGCCCUUCCUCGCCGUCGCAGGAGUCCCUCGCCGCCCAGGCCAUGCGCGCGUCCGCCGCCCACCGCGACGCCUCCUCCCUCUCCUCCGCCUACUCCUCCUCGGCCGCCUCUGCGGCCGCGGCCGCUCGCCGGAGCCACGAGCCCUCCGUCUCCACCCCUUCCCCUGAUUCUUCCAGCUAUGGGUACACAUCCAUGAAGAGCUUGAACGAGGACAAGUACGGAUUCUGGGGGACGCUGGCUCGGAAAGCAAAGUCAUUCAUUGACGAGGAUGGUUCGCCCGGGCAAUAUGAUUCCCCGGAGAGACAGCAGCUGCCCAGACAUGGUCCAUCACCAGGUAUCCAGAUACCACACUCGCCACAGCCACCAGCAGACACAUGGAAAUCCGAUACACCUCCAUCUCAGAAGAGGUCUGAGGUCUUAGCUUCCUCCCUUAACUAUAUUGGUGGCACAAUAAAGAGUGCCCUCGAAGAAGGUCGGACCAUUGUAGAGAAUAAAACAGCUGACAUUAUUCAAGAGACACGAAAGCUGAACAUAAGGCGGAAAGGAUCUGGUCUAAAUCCACAAGGAGAAGCUUCUCACAAAUUUGCUCACAGAAAUUUUCUUCAAAAUCCACUGGAUCACGAAACUCAAUUGAAGGCAUCUCGCGACGUUGCAAAUGCUAUGUCAGCAAAAGCAAAGCUGUUAUUACGUGAACUGAAGACUGUGAAGGCAGAUUUAGCUUUUGCAAAGGAGCGCUGUGCUCAGCUUGAGGACGAGAAUAAAAUGUUACGGGAAAGUCAAGACAAUGGUGAUAAUCCAGAAGACGAUGAUCUGAUCCGCCUACAAUUAGAGACACUAUUAGCUGAGAAGGCGCGACUUGCACAUGAGAACUCGGUGUAUGCUCGAGAAAAUAGAUUCCUGCGAGAAAUUGUAGAGUACCACCAACUUACUAUGCAGGAUGUCAUUUAUGUGGAUGAAGGCAUCGAAGAGGUCAGUGAGGUGUACCCUACUCAAGUACUGCCACCAGCGUCUGCUCGCACUGGGUCGGGCAACGGUCGGGCAUCAACUGCAGCGACACUUAAGCAUAUCAACUCAUCUCCGGCCUCCAGUUCCGUUGUGCCAGAAUCCUGUCUGCUCUCACCACCUUCUCCAAACUCUCUUCCUCGGGCUUCAUCUCUAAGCAAGUAGAGGGAGCCCGGCACCACCAACUAUCAUCGCGCAAGGGUAAAGAUGGCUAGUGGUGUGAUACAAGUAACAAAUAUACUGCGCAUGUAACCGAGGUUGCCUGUGGCGAAUACAUGCAGAAUAUGUGUUGUUUUUGUAUAAUCCGUGUUGUAACUCAUGGGAUUUUUCUUUCACAUCAUGCUUCCGAAACUGCACAUUUUGCUGA